AUGAGCCAAAACGAAGCAAACACUUCUCUUCCUAAUGCGACAUCGAAGUUGUCCUUGAAUCCCAAGGCCUCCGAAUGGAAGCCUAGCUUCACCGCUAAAGAGUUCGUCCCCUCGUUCAGCAUGCCUUCGGCUACGCCUGCUCCUGCACCUGGUAUGUCUGCUGCCCCUGCACCUGCCGCAGAACCCGUCGAAUCUACUCCCAAGGCUGAAUCCAAGCCUGAACCUAAGCCUGAGCCCAAGGCCGAACCCAAGGCCGAGUCCAAGCCUGCUGCUAAACCUGCCGCUGCUACCAAGGCGCCUAAAAAGGAAAUCAAGGAAGCUAUUGAAAAGGCAAACGAAAAGGUGGAUGCCAUUGAGGAGGACCUCAAUGCCAUUGAUGAUGAGGUUGUUCAGGAUUUGUACGGCAAGGAGCACUUGAACAUUGUCUUCAUGGGUCACGUCGAUGCUGGUAAAUCUACCAUGGGUGGUAAUAUUCUGUACUUGACGGGUAUGGUCGAUAAGCGUACCAUGGAAAAAUACGAAAAGGAAGCCAAGGAAGCUGGUCGAGAAUCUUGGUAUCUUUCAUGGGCUCUUGAUACCAACAUCGAAGAAAGAGCCAAGGGCAAGACCGUCGAAUGUGGUCGUGCUUAUUUCGAAACCGACAAACGUAGAUAUACCAUCUUGGACGCUCCCGGUCACAAGAACUUUGUCCCCAGCAUGAUUCAAGGUGCCUCUCAAGCUGAUGUGGGUGUUCUCGUUAUUUCGGCUCGUAAGGGUGAAUUCGAAACUGGUUUCGAACGUGGCGGUCAGACCCGUGAACACACCAUGUUGGCCAAGACCUCCGGUGUCAAUAAAAUGAUUGUCGUCAUUAACAAGAUGGAUGAUCCUACUGUCGAAUGGGACAAGGCAAGAUACGAUGAAAUCUUGGGCAAAUUGACUCCUUUCUUGAAGCAAACCGGCUUCAACCCCAAGAGCGAUAUCUUCUUCAUGCCUGUCUCUGGUUUCACUGGUGCCAACAUCAAGGAUCGUUCCAAGGCUUGUACCUGGUACGAUGGUCCUUCUCUUUUGGAAUACUUGGACGGUAUGCAGACCUUGGAUAGAAAGCUUAACGCACCUUUGAUGGUUCCUGUUGCUGAGAAGUACAAGGAUAUGGGUACAAUUGUUGUCGGCAAAAUCGAAUCUGGUCGAGUCAAGAAGGGUCAGAAUGUAUUGCUCAUGCCCAACAAGCGUCUCACUGAAGUUACUGCUAUCUACAACGAAACCGAAGAAGAAGUGGACCAUGCUAUGUGCGGUGACAACGUGAGAAUGCGUUUAAAGGGUGUUGAAGAAGAUGAAGUUCAACCUGGUUUCUUGCUUUGUGACAAGAAGAAGCCCGUCCGAACCACCACUGUCUUGGAAGCACAACUUGCUAUUCUCGAGCACAAGAACAUCAUCUGUGCCGGUUACAACGCCGUUCUUCACGUUCACGCUGCAGUAGAAGAAAUCACCAUUUCUGCUCUUCUUCAUCUUAUUGACAAGAAGACAGGUCGCAAAUCGAAGCGUCCUCCUCAGUUCGUCAAGCAAGGCCAGAAAGUGAUUGCCAGAAUUGAAACUGCUGGUCCCAUCUGUGUAGAGCCUUUUGAAUCUUAUCCUCAGCUUGGUCGCUUCACUAUCCGAGACGAAGGUAAAACUAUUGCUAUUGGUCGAGUGACGAAGGUUUUGGAUUCCGAAGUUAGCGAACAGUAA